AUGUCGCGGAACAAUCUGCCUUCGAUGAUAUUUUUCGAUGUCCUGGGGACAAUUGUGGAAUGGAGAUAUUGCAUCGCAAACGAACUGAAUACCGCAGCACAAAGGGUUCUGCAGGACCAAGCGCGAGACUUGAGUGCCAAUGUGCGAGCACGUGUCUCUGAUAUGCCCACUUCAAGCUGGCGGGAGAUUUCUGAGGAGUGGCAUCGCGCGUAUAUGAAUUUCGGAAACUCAUACGAUACGUCUAAGCCCUUUGUCUCAGUAGACGAGUAUAACCGCAUUUCCUUGGAAGAUAUUCUCACCAAACGGCUCCUUCGGGGAUUAUUCAAUGAGGACGACCUCAACGAUUUGACGCUCGCUUGGCAUCGACUUGACUCACACCCAGAUAGUGUUCCAGGCCUUUCGUUGCUGAACACUAAAUUGUCGACUUCUACAUUAUCCAAUGGUAAUGUAAAACUGCUGGAAGACCUACAAAAACACAAUUCUUUGCCUUUCAAGCACAUCACUAGUGCGGAGCAUUUAGGAGCUUACAAGCCGUCGCCGGAGGCCUACCAUGGGGCUGCUCGGAGAUUUGGGCUCGAAACUUCGCAAUGCUGUCUUGUUGCAGCCCAUCUUGAGGACUUGCAAGCCGCUAAAAAAUGUGGGUUUCAAACAAUCUAUGUCGAGAGAGAGUUGGAAGAAGCUUGGGAUAGUAAAGACGUUGCGCAAGCAAAGGAGGAGGGAUUUGUCGAUUUUUGGGUUGGAGUUGAAGGCUCAGGUUUGAUUGAAGUUACUCGGUAUUUUGGAAUAGAAAGCGGAUGA